AUGGAUUUCUUCUUCCCUACCUCCUAUGCACCUACCCACCCCACCUACUCUGCGUGGGGCUGUGGGCCUAGUGUGUUUUCCUCGCCUGUCGCUUAUGACAUGUUUGAUCUGGGCCAGGCUAUGAUGGAAGCUGAAUGGCUCGAGCAUCGUCGUGCCGCAGUACGCAUGCAGCAAUUCGUACGAAGACGGCAGCAGCAACAUGCGCUUGAGUCGAUGAUGCAGCAACUCGCAAUGGAAAACGCACGUCAGGCUGCCAUCCAUGAAGCGCAUGAACGCCGCAUGGCGAAGGCACGCGCUCAGCGCGCUGCGGAAGCCCUGCGAAAGCGUGCUGUAAAGGCAGCGGAAGCCGAGGACACGGAUAACAGCGAUGUGGUCCUCCAACUGGGUCCUUGGCUCGUCCGCCUUCCCCUGUCUAAUCUUCCAUCGUCGUCCGACUCGAAGGACGUGGAAGAUACCGAGCCGGCUGAGAAGGACCUUGCGCCUCUCACCGGGGAUACCAAUGAAACUAUCCAUGAUGAAACACCUACACCUGCGCCAGAAGAGCCGGUAUCGGCACCAACAUCGGCUUCGUCGCCAGUGCCCGUGCCUGCACCCACCGCCUCGGAACCUGUGAAGGAACGCGUCUCUCCCUCUGACCCUGUGAACGAGGCUCUUCCAACCUCUGACGACCUGUCUCAGGACGCUGAUACGGAAGAGGAAGAGGAGCCUGCUACGGACAAGGCGGCCAACCCGACUACCUCACAUGAUACCAAGUCUCAACUGCUGUUCUCGUACGAUUUCCCUUCAGCUGACACGCCCUAUGGCCUCGAAGUCCGCAAGCUGGCGCAGGCUGACCGCAUUAGCGUCGAAGCCAGCCCUCUGAAUGGCGGUAGCAUCAAAAUCAGUGGUCUUUGGAGUCCUACAGCGCCUACUUCGCAGCGCGUAAGCUCUCCACGCUCUCCGCAUGUACGUGACUGUGAUGAAGAUGGCAACGAAGUGCUUCUGCCGGAAGAUUCCGAGUCGGAGUCAGAGUCAGUGUCGGAGCGCGACCUGUUCACGGAAUCCGCCAUUUUGCCGCUCCCACGUAUGAACCUUGUGCAGGGUGUGCGCGCGGAACUCAACGACGACGGGUUCCGACUGUACAUCGACUAA